CCGUUCAACGCGAGGCACGCGACGCAGCAGGCGGCGAUCGUGUCGCUCAUGGCGUCCGCGGGGCUCGUGGAGGAGACGAGGCCGCGGGGCCCCGGAACCGAGGCGGCGGCGGCGGCGGCGGCGGCGGUCGCGCGGCCGCCGGUCUACGUCGAGCUCGGCGCCGGGCGAGGGUACCUGUCGCACUUCCUGUGCGAGGCGUACGGACCGCGCGACGUCGUGCUCGUGGAGCGGAGGACGUAUCGAAACAAGGCGGAGCGGAGCAUACGACGAGAGCCGACGACGGCGGAAAACCCGGGAUCGGACCCCGCCGCCGCCGUCGUCUGCGAGCGCCUCAAGGUGGACAUCAAGGAUCUGGACGUGGCCGGCGUCGGGGUCGUGGACGGGAGGGACGUCGUGUUUACGGGGAAGCACCUGUGCGGCGGCGCGACGGACUUGGCGCUGCGGAGCGUCUUCGGAAGACGCUCGACGAGCGACGGAAGCGGGGACGGGGACGGGGACGGGGACGGGGACGGGGACGGGGACGGGGACGGGGACGGGGACGGGGACGGAAGCGGAAGCGGGGACGGAGGAGGAUUUGGAGGAACUAAAAUAACGUUCACGACCAAAGGCGUGGCCAUCGCGACGUGCUGCCACCACCGCUGCGACUGGCGCGCGUACGUGAACAAGGCGUUCGUGAAGAGGUUGGGGUUCAAAAGCGCGGAGUUCGCGCUCCUGGCGAAGAUGUCGUCCUGGGCGACCGACGGC